GUCCAAACAAUUGUAACAAGAAUUCUAAAGGAGUGAACAUAAUACAGACAGAGAAUGGUGCAAGAUUCCUAGCAGUAUGCGAUGGUGAAUGGCUGGUUGUUGCCCACAGAUUUGACGGCAGUGUGGAUUUUCCAUCUUUCUACCACACUUACGAAGUCGUAGAUGAAGCAAAUAUCAAAUAUGGCGAAAGCUUUGGUCAUCCGCCUUCUGAGUAUUUCAUAGGUCUCAACAAUCUUCAGGCAGCUGCCAAUCAGGGCAUGUACGAGAUACGCUUUGAACUGACAACGUUUGACGGGGAGGGAAACGCUGGAGAUUGUACAUUUCAAACGGAUUUUGACUACGCGGCUCGCUGGUGGAGCCCAUAUGAGCCACCUGAUGAACGUUUUCACUGCAGCAACGUUAACUUAUUUUGGUCUUACGACCGUAUGCAUUGGUAUGGUACAUUGAGAUCAGAUCACUACAACAUCGACCCUACUCAUAUAAAUAUCACAAUAAAAGAAAUGAGAAUCAUGACACGACAACGUCCUAUUGACCCUAACAUAUGUGGCAAAGAUAAAUCAAACACAGAACUGAGUGGUGACCUAAUUGCAAAAUGUGAAGACGAUUGGUUAGUUGUGGCUCAUAGAUUUGAUGGAAGCGUUGAUUUUAAUCGCAGUUGGUCUGAGUAUAAAGCUGGAUUUGGAAAUACAUCGGCAGAGUUCUUUAUAGGCCUUGAACAGUUAAAUUACAUGACGUCGCGUAAUGUAUUUCUGGUAAGAACUGAGACGACAGCAUUGAACGGUUCUAAGAGCUAUGAAGAGCACACAAGAUUUAUAAUUGAUCAGGAAGUCGAAUUCUAUCGUAUGAAUUUUGGGUAUUAUGAUUGUAGUCUUGAAUUUUCAACUCAUGACAAGAAUCAAAAAUCUUGCGCACUUGAGAAAGGACCACUCUGGUACAAUGAAGACUGCUCUUACAGUAUGUGUGCACACCAUUUAUAUUUAACACCCUAUGAAAAUAUUAAAACAUCGUUCAAAGAUAUGAAAAUGAUGAUUAAACCUGAUCGGAUCCCUUGCAUGGAAGGUAUUGAUGGUCUCAAUACAAUACAACUUGGCAAUGAAAAAUCUUUUGAGGCUCAAUGUAAUGAUAGAUGGUUAGUUGUAGCCCACAGAUUUGACGGAAGCGUGGACUUUAAUCGUUCGAUGGAUGAGUAUAAAUCUGGUUUCGGAAAUCCUCAAGGGGAAUAUUUUAUUGGUCUCGAUAACUUGUUUGAAUUGUUGGAACACGAAAUUCAUAGAUACGUUUUAAGACUAAAAUUUACAACAUGGGCUGGCGAUACCGAGUUUGAUGAGUUUCACGGUUUCUACGCAACUGAAAAUUACCUACGAGUUGACGAUUAUCGAGGCACUGGGUUAUUUGAUAGGGAAGUGAGAUUCCGUUAUGGUCGGCCAUAUUUAGACUACGCAACUUAUUCUGAUUAUUAUGAUAAUCUGGUGAGCAGCAAGAAGUACACUUUUGAAACCUGGGAUAAGACAGAUACGGAAUGUCCUCAACUCCGAAGGGGAGCGUGGUGGUACAAAUCACCUGGCUGUGGACGUGUCAACCCAUUUGGGCAUUAUAUGAAUGGGGCCAAGUGCGAUGUAAAAUAUGGUUGCAUGGGCUGGAUGGGUUGGCCUAGAGAGCUCUUCAAUGCGUCUGAGCGACAGGAAAACAAAGAACUCGACAAUGGCUGGUACUCCUUCAAAGAGAUGAAGUUUCUCAUACGCCUUAGAAAGUCUUAA